CAGGUGAAAACUUACUGGUCUACUUUCAAACCCAAUGGUUAGAUACAGUUCUCAAGUUACGUCAAAAUUUGGCGCUUUAUGUUGUUACUCACCGUUAAAAUUACUCGUUACCCUCUGUGGCCCAAGCUCUUCGUUUUUCUGAGAGAUGGCUGCCACCCUUUCCGUUCACCCCGAGCGUCUCUCCCCUGGUUCAGCCUUCACUAGACCGCCGGUUCGAGUGCUCGAGGCAGCUCCGAUUGGAAAGUCUAUUGCAAAGGAACCGUGGCGGGGGGCGCUGGUACACUCUAGGCGUACGCUAUUGAGGACUGUCUCACGGGUUCAAGCCGGCUCGGGAGCCGACGACGAGUCGGCGCCGUUGCAGAUGUCUGUAGAAAACGCACUGAAGCUUCUCGGAGUCUCUGAGGGAGCUUCCUUCGACGACAUACUCCGCGCCAAGAAAUCCAUCCUCGCCACUUGUCAGGAUGACCAGGAAGCGGUUGCGCAGGUCGAGGCUGCGUAUGACAUGUUACUUAUGCAGAGCCUAACUCAACGGCGAACAGGAAAAGUAGUGGAUAGUAAAAUUCGUUAUGCUGAUGUCAAACCUGUGAAGCCAUCUGGUUUGGGGUCAAUACCUCAAUGGUUCCAAACUACAAUAAAGAAUUCAUCAGUUUCAGUAGAGACUCCCUCAACUAGUGCUUUAGGUGUACAAGCUGGAGUUUACGGUGCUUUGAUGGGUUUAGCCUAUAUUAAUGAUGCUUCUACAUCCGCUGCAUCAUAUGCUGCAGCUGAUGUUCCUGGACUCAUUUUGGCUGGUAGCUUUGGAGCUUCCUUGUACUUUAUGACCAAAAAGAAUGUAAAGUUGGGGAAGGCCACUGUUAUAAGCAUAGGAGGGCUCAUAGCAGGUGCAGCAGUAGGGUCAGUUGUAGAGAGCUGGUUGCAUGUAGAUGUUGUCCCAUUUCUAGGCAUACACUUCCCUGCUACUGUUGUAAGUGAAAUCAUUGUUCUCUCUCAAUUCUUGGUUUCCCUGUACCUACGGUAGUCAGGGAGAACGCAGUGUUCAUAUAUCGAAAUGUGAUGCCGCGUUUCUCUUUUUUCCUUCUAAUUUAGAAUCGUUGCUUUAUCUUUCAAACUCCGAAACAGAAUGUGGUAGCUAGUCUUGGGUAAAAUACGCACUUGUACAAUAAUAACGAGUAAAAAACUCUUUCCUUCAAAGGCAUUUUUCAUCAUUACAUGUUCA